CUGGGCUUUCUUAUCUAGUACAAGCUGAACGUACAUAAUAUAUUAUCUCAAUUUAAUUCUUUUGUACAAUUCUCAGUAGUUAUCUGAAGAUACAUCAGGAUUGUUAUAAAAUUAAACACAAAUAUGAAAUUGAAAACCGUCAUUACCAAUCAAGUAUGUGUUAUUUUGACCUUAAGAAGAAAAAAUUAUGCCAUACGUUUAUCAUAUUACAAUCUUAAAAUUAUUUAACAAUAAUUAAAUUUUAUAUUUAACAUUAGAUAGCGACCAGCAGCAUUUUAUUUACUGCAAUGCCAGUGGUAUUAGCUAAGGACGAACAAGAACCUAAACUUGUCAAACCUAGAGACUUAUCAAUAUAUACUGAAGAGUCUAAAAAAACAAAUAUGUAAGUACAUUGUAUAACAAUAAUAAAUGUCAAUAAAUUUUGUAUAAAUAUGGGUAGGGAUGCCAAUUAUAGUAUUAAUUAUCCUUUUAGUGAAAAGGAAAAUAAUUGGGAACCAACAAUUGCAUUAGGUGCAAUUAAAACAAUCCGAGGAGAAAUUACUAGUCUCAACCAUCAAUGGUCUAAAAUCAAAGAUAGAGUGCAUACUUUUGUCCUGACUGGAGUCAGCCACUCAGAAUGUAAAUAUUAAUGUUUACUUAUUAUUUACUAUAUUUCAUUAUUAUUUAAAUAUUUAGUUUUAAUAAUGAUUUUAAAUUUGGAAUGUAGGGAGGAAUCUAUUGAUUUUAGGUUUUUUUUAAAUUUUAUUUUUUGUUUGUACGCAACUGAUCUACCAUCAAUUUGAUUCUAAUCAAAAAUUGGCAAAAGACCUUUUGUCGCAUUUUGGACUAAAUAAUUAAUGCAUUGAGAGGUGAUUUUCUUGAUUUUCCAAAAAAUUUUUAAAAUAAUAGAAUAAAACAAAUUUAUGGUGUUAUGAUUUCAUUAUUUUAAAUUGUUAUACUUUAUGUUUUCCACCAAAAAUAUUGCCCUUAUUAGAAAAUGACAAAUUAGAUUAAGUUGGUUAGUAUGAAAGUUGUUAUUUGAUUUUCCAUGUAGUUUUCUUAAUAAAUAAGCAAAAUUGGAAAAAAAAAUAAAGAAAGAACAGCCAAAUAUAUAGAAAUAAUGCUUUCAUUAUUUUCAAUUUGGUUGUUUGUUGCAAUUUAGUUACAAAUAUUCAUAGAAUUUUGAAUAAUGCCAGAAAACUACUCUAUACCGUUUUAGACAUGGUAACAUUUUCUAGUUUUCUUUAAUAGAUACUCUAUGAAUGACAUUGUUAUAUUCAACAAAAAUGUUUGAAAAUUUGACCAGAAGAAUAUCAAAUUUUAACGAAAUCUUAAAUAUUGCAGUUUAUUAAGUUAUACAUAUAACUUAAAUUUGUUCCAACUCAGUUUUUAUUCACAAUGGUUUAUUGUUGCGUACUGAUAUAAACUGAAUUGCCCUCCUAAUCUUACCUUCUCAAUUUCCUAUCUGCAACAGUAGCACACCAAUCAGCCGGCUUAUUUUUUCUUUUAAAUACGUUAAUGUAACAUUUAAAUGUAUAUUUUUAGUUAUAUGUAAUUAAACCAAAAAUAAUGUUAUCAGUAACCUGAAGAUAGUAACAUAGCGAAACUGAGUAGUUAUGAAAAUAUAACUUAAAAUACACUCUAAGUCUAGUUUUUUUGAAACAAUUUUUUACAUUUAUAAUAAGUUUCAAAAUCAAAAACUUCCAUUAAAUUAUUGAUUCCUAAAAUAGUUUGUUAUUCAUAAGUUCAAUAAAUUAUAUUAAAACAUUUCUAUUCUCAUGCAUUAGCAAAUUUAUAAUAGGUAUAAUUUCAGAGAUUAAAACAUUUAAGGGAAAAUCAGUGUACAAAUGUUUGGUAAUCAUAGAAAUCUUGGACAGUUCUACCAUUAUUGAUAUUUAAUAACAUGUAUCUAUGACCUUAAAUUUUGUUUUUGUUUUUCAAUGUAAAGCAUUUCUUAAUGAUUUGAGGCAAGAAAAAAAUUCUAUUCUCCGUACUGGAUUUGUGGCAGGAAGUGGUGUAGUUGGUUUAUUAGUAGCUGCUAGAAAAGGGAAAUUUAAAAAACUUAUCUACACUACAACUGGAGCAUCGGCAGCAUUUUAUGUUGCUUAUCCAUAUGAAUCCGAAGAGGCUACUAAAAUGAUUAAACGUUAUUCUAUUGUUUCUUAUCAUCUGAUAAAUAACGGUUUGUAGUUAAAUUAAUUUUAAACUUUAAUUACUAAAUUACCAAGUAUUAAACCCUGUUGUAUUUUAGUAACAAAAGAUUUAACUGGUUAUGAGCUACCACCGUUGCCAGCACCAAAAAGUGAGAUUGAGGUAGACAAUUCUGGAAUAACUAAACCUGAUUUAAAAGAAUUAUUGUCUUCAUUGACGGACUACAUAAAGAAACCAAUGGAAUAUUUAAAAAAAAUUGUUUUUGAUGAAAAAAACGUAAAUUAACAAAACUCUUAAGUACUUAUUUUGUUGUUGAUUAACUUUUAUUUUUAAUUCUAGGGACCUGCUGACAAGGAUAAAUAAUUACAAGGGUUUUAUCCUUUUCUUUACUAGUACAUAAUCAUUCAUGAUUAUCAAUUUAUUAUACUUAGCAAUGAAAUUAGAUAUUGAUUAACCCUUUAAACAGGCCAUAUUUAAUCGAGCAAUUACUUCUUCUUUGCCAAGUAUUGUCAUUAUUUCACUAACUCCUGGACCAUGCUGCAAACAAAAAUGUAAAUAUAAUAAUAAAAAUAAAAAUAAUUAUUUGAUUAUAAAUUUACUAGCCUUUAGUCCACUAAUAAUGUUACGGAGCAAUUUCAUUAAUGUACUAUAUACAAUGUUAUUUGAUUUAGAAAAUUCUUUUAAUUCCAAUGUUAAAUUAUCAAUAGUAAAAACAUCUACAUUCAUUAAAUGUUCUUUUAAUUUGAUUACUAUAUCUGUAAGAAUACAAUUUUAAUUAUAUAUUAUUAUUAUUUUUUUUUUGUUAAAUAAUUGUGUACAUUUGAUUUUGUUAAACAAAUUAUAUUUGUUACCUUUAUCAUAGUCCAUAGAUUUUAUAGCAAAUUCUGAUGGUUUGAUCCAAAUAAACUUAUAGUUAUUAUGUAUUAGUUCAUUAAUAUUUGUUAUUCUAUUAGCACUCCAUUUUAAUAUUUUACUUAAAUUAUUUUCAGUUACAUUCAAAUCAACAGACUUACUAAAAAAAAAAAAUCAUAUAUUUGUUUUAAUGAUAAGUAAUAUAAUUUGUGAACAUAAUUUUAGUAUAGGAUUAUUAAAUAUUGUAAUUUUAAAUAUCAAUUACAUUGUGUUUACUAGAAUGGAACUAAACAUUUUUUUUUUAUUAAUUUAGGAUUUGUAAAUAAGUUACUAAAAUAUAUUUGCAGGGUGUCCCACCAUGUUGGGCGGAUUUUUCUAGAGGUAUUCUAAGGUAUCACAAUAUACCUUAUUAAUUGCUUUCACACCUAUUUUUUUAAAUAUUUAAAUGGCUAUAGUUAAGAAAUUAUUGAUCGAACAUGAAUAUGAUGCAUUAACAUAUUUUACAAAGUGGUUAUUUUAAACAUUUUGUAAAUGGAAUUUUUUUUUUUUUGGUGAUUAAAAUAAAAAUUUAACUUUUAAUAGCUCAAGAAUAAUCCAUCAAACACGGUAGGACACCCUGAGUAUAUAAUAUGUACAUAGAUACUUUUAGAAUGGAAAUUAAAAUAACUGUAAACUUUUGGUCAUUAUUUCAUAAGCUACCUAUUAGAAAAUAUUUACCUAAUUUAAAUAAUAUAAUAUUAUCAUUGAUUAUAAUUAAAUUACUGUAGAUUUGUCACUGCAGUAUAAUAAAGCAGUAUGUUACUUAUUUGUCAGUACUAUGAAGUGUCUGUCAUCAUCUACCUCUGAUGUGUACUUUAUAUGUCACAGCUUUCAUAAUUACCAAAACCAGUGGUUAGGUAUGACUGAAAAACUGAUUUCCCUAACUGAAAAAAUCUUAAUGCCAUCUAUAGUUUUAUUUUUCCCAUCAAAAAUCUAGCAGUUAAAAUAUCUUUAGUAUUUAUAAUCAAUAGUAUAAAUUAUAUAAAUUGUUGAAAUAAAAGGUAUAUAUUAUAUUAUUAAAACAAUACAAUUGAAUAAGAUCUUACUCGUUAGAAAAUUCAUUUUGAAUAAUAUGUUUUAAAUAUUCAACAGCCUUCUUUCUUCCUAAAUCUGUAGUUAAUUCAAUUUUUAAUUGUGCUUGAUUAAACUUUCCAAGAUUAUCCAAAGGUACUUGACAUGAAUUUGAAUUUAAUAAACCCACAUCAAA